CUACUCUUUAAUUUGUUCUCUUUCUGUGUCUUUGAUUUUUUGGGUUUGAUAUUCUAUUCUUUUUUUUCUCUGUAUAUUCAGAUACUGACUUCUCUAUUCUUCUAUUGUCAGAAUGAAGAAUUUCACUUGGAUGCAUCCGAUUUUUUGUACAAAUUGAUAGAAAAAAAAAUUGGUAUUCAUGGUUGAUCCUCAGCCCGUUGAGAGUGACACAAUAUGCCCUGCGUAUAAUAUUUUUAAAGUUUCUACACAUGAGUUUAUGUUAAAGCUGAUUGAACGUGUUGAGAAUCGUGCUUUGAAUGCGUGUGCUAUUGUUUCGGCCUCAAAUGUGGCUUCUAUUGAAGACCAUGUUUCACAUAUUUCUGGUUCAGUAUUACCUGCUCACAAAUCUGUUCGUGUGGUGAAUGAAAUUGUUUGCAACAAGAGAUUGGCAUCCCCAUACCGUGAUGUACCAAGAUCUACAAAGCAAAAACUUGAAGAUACCUUUUCUAGGCGUAUAGAUGAAACUUGGAAUGAUAAUGAGGAGGCAUCAUCAUCUAUGAAUAUUUAGGAUCAGAUUCAGUUGUUGCUAAUGUGAUUUGCCUAGAAUGUUUAGUUACAAUGUGUGAUUUAGUUUCUUUGUGUUAAAGAUAUGGUGUUGUAGUUUUCUUGAAUUGGGUUGUUGUGAGUUGGUUGGACUUAGACAUUCUGUUAAUAUUUUACUUGCUGAAGUUCUAAAUUCAAAUGUUUCCUUUUAUUUGAGUAACCUACAAUUUCAGUUGUAACUUUAUUAGUAAA